AUCCCGGUCCUUGCCCCGAGCGGGAGGCGGAGCGGGCUGCGGCGGGGGGCGGCCGGCGGCGGCGGGUCCCUGCGGGUCCCUGCCAGCCCUGCCUCCGGCUCCGGCAGCGCCCGUCCGCCGGGGGGAGGCCCCGCCGCCGUCCCCCCCGCCGCUCCCGGCAUGCACAGAGCGGCGGCCGCCCCGCCGACCGCCAGGUAGCAACAUGGCGCGCCGCGCCCGGGCCGCCGCCUGAGCAUCCUCCCUCCUCCCUCCCUCCGCCUCCGCCUCCCGCCGCCGGGCUGCCGCAGAGGGGCCGCCCGCCCGCGCCCGGCGCCAUGGCAGCCUCCGAGCUCUACACCAAGUAUGCCAGGGUUUGGAUCCCUGAUCCAGAGGAGGUCUGGAAGUCGGCAGAACUUCUCAAAGAUUAUAAACCUGGGGAUAAAGUCCUCCAGCUUCGACUUGAAGAGGGCAAGGACCUAGAAUAUUGCCUGGAUCCGAAGACCAAGGAACUCCCGCCCUUGCGAAACCCUGACAUACUUGUUGGUGAAAAUGACCUCACAGCACUCAGUUAUCUCCAUGAACCGGCUGUUUUACACAACCUCAAAGUUCGAUUUAUAGACUCUAAACUAAUCUAUACCUAUUGUGGUAUUGUCUUAGUGGCCAUAAAUCCUUAUGAACAACUGCCUAUCUAUGGCGAAGAUAUCAUCAACGCGUACAGUGGCCAAAAUAUGGGGGAUAUGGAUCCACAUAUCUUCGCGGUGGCUGAAGAAGCAUACAAGCAGAUGGCCAGAGAUGAGCGAAAUCAGUCAAUCAUUGUCAGUGGGGAGUCUGGAGCCGGGAAGACCGUCUCUGCUAAGUAUGCCAUGAGGUACUUUGCCACGGUCAGUGGAUCUGCCAGCGAAGCCAAUGUUGAGGAGAAAGUCUUGGCCUCCAACCCCAUCAUGGAGUCUAUUGGAAAUGCCAAAACUACAAGGAAUGACAACAGCAGUCGCUUUGGGAAAUACAUUGAAAUUGGUUUUGAUAAGAGGUAUCGAAUCAUUGGUGCUAACAUGAGAACUUACCUCUUGGAAAAAUCAAGAGUGGUGUUUCAGGCAGAAGAGGAGAGAAACUACCACAUCUUUUACCAACUAUGUGCCUCUGCAGCAUUACCUGAGUUUAAAACUCUACGAUUAGGGAAUGCAAAUUACUUUCACUAUACGAAGCAAGGUGGAAGCCCUGUGAUCGAUGGUGUCAAUGAUGCUAAGGAAAUGGCAAACACCAGGCAGGCCUGCACUUUGCUAGGGAUUAGUGAUACCUACCAGAUGGGAAUUUUUCGAAUCCUUGCUGGCAUCCUUCACUUGGGCAACGUGGAGUUCACGUCUCGGGAUUCCGACAGCUGCACUAUUCCUCCCAAGCAUGAACCCCUCACCAUCUUCUGCGACCUCAUGGGUGUGGAGUACGAAGAGAUGGCCCACUGGCUUUGCCAUAGGAAGCUCGCAACUGCCACCGAAACCUACAUCAAGCCAAUUUCUAAACUUCACGCCAUCAAUGCCAGAGAUGCACUUGCCAAACAUAUCUAUGCUAAUCUCUUCAACUGGAUUGUAGAUCACGUGAACAAAGCCCUUCACGCUACUGUAAAACAGCAUUCCUUCAUUGGAGUGUUGGACAUCUAUGGAUUUGAGACAUUCGAAAUCAACAGCUUUGAACAGUUCUGUAUCAAUUAUGCCAACGAAAAACUGCAGCAGCAGUUCAAUAUGCAUGUCUUUAAGCUGGAACAAGAAGAAUAUAUGAAGGAACAAAUACCAUGGACCUUGAUUGAUUUCUACGACAAUCAGCCAUGCAUCAACCUCAUAGAGGCCAAAAUGGGAAUUCUGGAUCUGUUGGAUGAGGAGUGCAAGAUGCCAAAAGGCUCGGAUGACACGUGGGCCCAAAAGCUGUACAAUACGCAUUUGAAUAAAUGUGCCCUCUUUGAAAAACCACGUUUGUCAAAUAAGGCUUUUAUCAUCAAGCACUUUGCUGACAAGGUGGAAUAUCAAUGUGAAGGCUUUUUGGAAAAGAAUAAAGAUACCGUUUAUGAAGAACAAAUUAAGGUCCUAAAAUCAAGUAAGUUCAAGCUGCUACCGGAGUUAUUCCAGGAUGAGGAGAAGGUCCUCAGUCCCACGUCAGCAACCCCUUCAGGGCGCGUGCCUUUGUCUCGAACAGCUGUAAAACCAGCCAAGGCCAGGCCAGGUCAAGCCAGCAAGGAGCAUAAGAAAACUGUGGGACAUCAGUUUCGAAACUCUCUUCAUCUGCUGAUGGAAACCCUGAACGCUACAACUCCACACUACGUGCGCUGUAUUAAGCCUAACGACUUCAAGUUUCCGUUCACAUUCGAUGAAAAGCGGGCAGUGCAGCAGCUGAGAGCUUGUGGUGUCCUGGAGACCAUCCGAAUCAGCGCAGCUGGCUUCCCCUCCAGGUGGACGUACCAAGAGUUCUUCAGCCGUUACCGUGUUCUGAUGAAGCAGAGAGACGUCCUUAGUGACCGAAAGCAGACAUGUAAAAAUGUCCUGGAGAAGCUCAUUCUGGACAAGGAUAAGUACCAGUUUGGUAAGACAAAAAUAUUUUUCCGGGCUGGUCAAGUAGCCUAUCUGGAAAAAAUAAGGGCAGAUAAGUUGAGAGCUGCCUGUAUCCGCAUCCAAAAGACGAUCCGAGGCUGGCUGAUGCGAAAGAAGUACGUGCGUAUGAGGAAGGCUGCCAUCACCAUUCAGAGAUAUGUCAGAGGGUACCAAGCACGAUGUUAUGCCAAGUUCCUGCGGAGAACCCGGGCUGCCAUCACUAUUCAGAAGUUCCAGCGCAUGUACGUGGUCCGCAAAAGAUACCAAUGCAUGCGAGAUGCUACGAUUGCUCUUCAGGCUCUCUUAAGAGGUUACAUGGCCAGGAACAAGUACCAAAUGAUGCUUCGGGAGCACAAGUCUAUUAUUAUUCAGAAACAUGUAAGAGGCUGGCUGGCUCGAGUGCACUACCGUAGGACCUUGAAGGCAAUUGUUUACUUGCAAUGCUGUUACCGGCGCAUGAUGGCCAAGAGGGAGCUUAAGAAACUGAAGAUAGAGGCCCGGUCUGUAGAACGCUACAAGAAGCUUCACAUUGGCUUGGAGAACAAGAUCAUGCAGCUGCAGCGAAAAAUUGACGAGCAGAACAAAGAAUACAAAUCUCUGCUGGAGAAGCUGAGCAACCUGGAGGUCACGUACAGUACGGAGACAGAGAAGCUGCGGAGUGACGUAGAAAGGCUUCGGAUGAGCGAGGAGGAGGCUAAGAAUGCAACCAACCGUGUCCUCAGCCUCCAGGAGGAGAUUGCCAAGCUCCGGAAGGAGCUGCACCAAACUCAGUCUGAGAAGAAGACCCUUGAGGAGUGGGCAGACAAAUACAAACAUGAGACCGAGCAGCUGGUAUCGGAGCUGAAAGAGCAGAACACAUUACUGAAAACAGAAAAGGAGGAGCUGAACCGCCGCAUCCACGACCAGGCAAAGGAAAUAACAGAGACGAUGGAGAAGAAGCUGGUGGAGGAAACAAAACAGCUAGAGCUAGAUCUGAAUGAUGAACGGUUACGGUACCAGAACCUGCUGAAUGAGUUCAGCCGAUUAGAGGAGCGGUAUGAUGAUCUCAAGGAUGAAAUGAACUUAAUGGUGAACAUCCCCAAGCCUGGACACAAAAGAACGGAUUCGACUCACAGUAGCAAUGAAUCUGAAUAUACCUUUAGCUCGGAGAUCACAGAAGCAGAAGACUUACCAGUGAGGAUGGAGCAGGAGCCAAGUGAGAAAAAGGCACCAUUGGAUAUGUCUCUGUUCCUCAAGCUCCAGAAACGGGUUACAGAGCUGGAGCAAGAAAAGCAAUCCCUGCAGGAUGAACUGGACAGAAAGGAAGAACAGGCUCUGCGUGCUAAAGCUAAGGAGGAAGAAAGGCCUCCAAUAAGAGGUGCAGAGUUGGAGUAUGAGUCGCUCAAGCGUCAAGAACUCGAAUCUGAGAAUAAAAAGCUGAAGAAUGAGCUGAAUGAGCUGCAGAAGGCCCUCACAGAAACGCGAUCUCCGGAGGUGACUGCUCCUGGUGCCCCUGCGUACCGAGUCCUCCUGGAUCAGCUGACUUCAGUAAGCGAAGAGCUUGAAGUGCGCAAGGAGGAAGUCCUCAUCCUGAGGUCCCAGCUCGUCAGCCAGAAAGAAGCUAUUCAACCCAAGAAUACCAUGACAGAUGCUACAAUCCUCUUGGAGGAUGUACAAAAGAUGAAAGACAAAGGAGAAAUAGCGCAGGCGUAUAUUGGACUGAAGGAAACAAACAGGCUGCUGGAGUCUCAGCUUCAGUCGCAGAAGAAGAGCCACGAGAACGAACUGGAAUCGCUGCGAGGUGAGAUCCAAGGUCUGAAGGAAGAAAACAACCGCCAGCAGCAGCUCCUGGCGCAGAACCUGCAGCUGCCUCCAGAGGCCCGCAUUGAAGCCAGUCUACAGCAUGAGAUCACCCGGCUGACUAACGAGAACUUGGAUUUAAUGGAGCAGCUUGAAAAGCAAGACAAAACUGUUCGCAAGUUAAAGAAACAGUUGAAAGUGUUUGCUAAGAAGAUCGGUGAACUUGAAGUGGGCCAGAUGGAGAACAUAUCACCUGGACAAAUCAUUGAUGAACCUAUUCGUCCAGUUAACAUUCCACGGAAAGAAAAGGACUUCCAAGGGAUGUUAGAAUAUAAGAAGGAGGAUGAACAAAAACUUGUCAAGAAUCUUAUUUUAGAGCUGAAACCACGUGGGGUAGCCGUCAACCUGAUUCCAGGACUACCAGCAUAUAUUUUGUUCAUGUGUGUACGCCAUGCGGAUUACCUUAAUGAUGACCAAAAAGUGCGGUCAUUGUUGACUUCCACUAUCAAUGGCAUCAAAAAAGUAUUGAAGAAAAGAGGUGAUGACUUUGAAACAGUGUCCUUCUGGCUAUCUAACACCUGCCGAUUUUUGCACUGUUUGAAGCAAUAUAGUGGAGAAGAGGGGUUUAUGAAGCAUAAUACACCUCGUCAAAAUGAACACUGCCUCACUAAUUUUGAUUUAGCUGAAUACAGACAAGUACUGAGUGACUUGGCUAUUCAGAUCUACCAACAACUUGUCCGAGUGUUGGAAAACAUUCUGCAACCAAUGAUUGUUUCAGGAAUGCUGGAGCAUGAGACUAUCCAAGGUGUCUCAGGGGUGAAACCAACAGGGCUGCGGAAGAGAACAUCCAGCAUUGCUGAUGAAGGAACCUACACUUUGGACUCCAUUAUUCGGCAGCUGAACUCUUUCCAUUCAGUGAUGUGUCAGCAUGGAAUGGAUCCAGAGCUGAUCAAACAGGUGGUCAAGCAGAUGUUCUACAUCAUUGGGGCUGUAACGCUUAACAAUCUUCUCCUGCGCAAGGACAUGUGCUCAUGGAGCAAAGGAAUGCAGAUAAGAUACAAUGUGAGUCAACUGGAAGAAUGGCUACGUGAUAAAAAUUUGAUGAAUAGUGGGGCUAAAGAAACACUGGAACCCCUCAUCCAGGCUGCACAGUUGUUGCAAGUAAAAAAGAAAACAGAUGAAGAUGCAGAAGCCAUUUGUUCAAUGUGCAAUGCACUGACUACUGCCCAGAUUGUAAAAGUUCUGAAUUUGUAUACUCCAGUUAAUGAGUUCGAAGAGAGAGUCUUGGUAUCGUUUAUACGUACAAUACAGAUGCGUCUGCGAGACAGGAAGGACUCUCCUCAGUUGCUCAUGGAUGCUAAACACAUCUUCCCUGUUACUUUUCCAUUUAAUCCAUCCUCUUUGGCAUUAGAAACCAUUCAGAUCCCAGCCAGCUUGGGCCUGGGCUUCAUAUCACGUGUCUGAUCCCAAGGAUGUGCUGUCCAUGUUAGAUGGAGAAUCAGUUGCCUGCUAUCUUUACCCGUUAAAACAUAGUGAGCCACUGAAAACACAUUUUCUGAACAAACAGUCUAUAUAUGCCCAGAUCUGUAGUAAAAGUAGCUGGAAAACGACAUAACAGCACCACAGAUUGAAGGCUAAUAGAAUGAUGUGCAUUUGUGUUCAGUCAUUGCAUUUAUGAGGACAUCACUGAUUCAUACAUUUCCAGAAUAUGGAAAUCGGGCUUGGACAAAAAAUUGUGUCUUCAGCUGUCUAGAGACAUUUUUAGAUCUUUAGUAACAUAUUUAAAUAGUGUAAAUUAAACUCCAUAUGUAAUCUUCUCAUAGGCAGGGACCAACAGGGACAGUCACAGUCCUGAACAUGGAAGACUUGAAAGUAAGGCAUUUUGUAGUAGAAUACAGAGUCAUUUGGGAGCCUGUUAAAUUCAAUUUGUAAAAACUGGAAUGGAGAAAAACAAACUGGCAAUAUAGAAAAUGAUUUCUUAAACCACUUCCUUAUUUAUGUCAGCUUGACAUAAAUUCUAGUGAUAAGUCUUAUAGCUCACUAUAUGCUAUAACUUAGGUGUUCAUUUGUUAGUACUGUGGUUUACCAAGCAUACUAAAUCGCUGCUGCAUAUUGUGUUCUUUUAAAUGUAUGACAGUAUCAUACUAAGCAUUAAAAAUAAGAUAUUUCAUUUUUUUGUUGUCAACCUUAUUUACAGUCUGAUGCAGUCUGUUAUUUUAACUGGAAUUUUGCAAAUGGUAUCAAAUAACACCUGUAGAGGAAAAUGGUAACUAAGCACAAGUAGCACACUGGAAAUUACACGUUUAGUUAUUUUUAAAAGUAGUUAGCUAAAAUUACAGAAUCUUGAAGCAAAUGAUCAGAAGUCAAUAAUGAUUUUAGUAUUUAUUUAGAUUUUGUAGUCUGUCUAAUGUUCUUCUGUGUUUGUAGACCCCAGAGAGAUGACAGUGUGUAUUUUGAGUAUAAUCUCUUUUGGUUUGUUGUCACUUAAAAAAAAAAAAAGAAAAAAGUAUCCUUUCCUACUGGAAUUUGAGAGGAAGAACUUUAAUAGAAAAUUUCUGCAUUAGCCCAAGGCUGUCAUUUUUUGAAAGGCUGACUAACAAGAACGUUAAGUAGGUUUUGGCUAUGAUGCUGUCAUUUGACUAUGAUUCAUGCUGAUUUAAGGGUUGGAGACCCAGAGUGCAUAAUGAGAAACUGAGUUAUUUUGGAUAUUGCACAUCUUACUGGAAAGAUUCUUCUGUCUCACACGUCUUGGAUCUGCUAUAUAGAAUUCACAUUUCACAAUGUGCAACCUAAGUGCAGAAGCCUUGCUUACGGUUCCAAUUCUGAACUUUAAAACAGGUAGUUUGUGGUGUAUGGCUCAAAUAAAAAUGUAAAAAAAAAGGCCACACACAUUGCUCAAUUGCAUUGUGCAAUAUUUUUUAUGUAUUAUAGUAACUAGCAACUUAGCAUUAACAUUAAUUUCUUUUAAAAUAUUGAGAAGUGAUCUAGAGGUACACUAUUAGACUAUUUGGUACUACUCUGUUUGCCUGCAAACUCACAGAAAAAAAAAAAUUGCUGUUAAGCAGACUGAAACAUUUCAGUUAUGUUUUACUUGAGAGGUAGACAUGCUGUUUGUAUGGUUCCUGAAAUCAGUAGUAAAGACAACCUAAACUUUGUCAGUAUCUUUUUAAGAUGGCCAUGUUGUCUUAUUUUCAAAUGUGUUUGCCCCAUAUUAUGUUUGAUGGAUCAUGCCAGUACUACCAAGAACCUAAUACUGCAUCGCAUAAAUGUUUUGAAUAAUCUUUGCUAAAUGAUUUAGAUUGUUUUCCUGUGCAUGGUAUACCAAACUCUCUUUUCUCAAUCGUUACUUGAUUUCUGAAACUACAGCUACUGUUAAGUGGCUCCAAAAAAGGUAUAAUGUAGUUUUCAGGCUGCUAGGGGUACUGUACUUGUGAGAAUGUAAUAGGAAAGCCUUCACAUCCACUAAUGAGGUUAGGAAAGAAAAUAGGUGAGAAUAUGCUGACCUACAGAUUUUUUCUCCUAUUGAAAAACAAAUAAUUGGCAUUACAGUAUGUUCGUACUGUAGAUCAGGAAACAUAUCCACUACUUAAGCAUUAGAGUAUAAAAUGUAUACCUAAAUGUAUUUUUGUUUAUUUUUUAAGUUUGUUUACCUGUAAAAAGCCUUAUUGUAUCUUGUUUCCUUAAAAAAAGUAGUGUUUAGUAAUUUAUAGGUAUUAUCCUUAAACUCAGUGGUUUGACUGGUAUUACUUUUAUAUCACGUUAAAAGUAUAUGCUGCUUGACAUGUUUUAAAGGAAAAUAUUUUUAAGUUGGAAUAGAUGUGUAACUGGUAAUUCAUCUAACAUUUUACACAGCAGUAUUUUACAUGCACUUUUCAGAAGUAAAAUUUUAGUGUCAGUGUAUAAUAGAUCUUUCACCUUAGGACGAAUAUCUCUUUAACCAUGGAAUAUAAUGCAGAACUAUUUUAACAACCUUUUUUUUUUUCCUUUGCAUCAUUGUUAUGUUCUUUUAAUGUGGACAUAUCUUUUAUAUUUUAAUUUAUUAUCUAUUGCUAUGAUAGAUUUUAUCGAAUGCUGGACGAAUAUUUGUCAGUGACCCCUUAGAAUUAUAUACAGUUAUUCUAGAGAUUUUGCACAAUAAUUACCUCAUUCAGUUUCGUGUAUUUUUAUUCCAGUGAUCAUUUUAUUCUGAUGUUUAGGACACAGUCUUCUAUCCAAAUUUUGAAAAAUUGCUUCUCAGACUUCAACCUGGGAUGGAACGUGAAAGUGCUUAAGUCCGUUAAAUGCGAUUAAUCUAUUCUAUCUAUCACAGGAAAAAAUAGGGUCAACUUCAAUGUUGAAAAGUGGACUGAUAUUCAAUAACAUUUGUUCCCAACUUGGAAACACCAGCAUUUGCAAUUUGAAGGUCUGUGUAAUUUGUGAUUUAAACUGAACACAUUUCAAAUACCGUACAAAAACUAUGAGUAAGCACUUGUUUUUUUAAGAUGCUGAUACUUCAUGUGAUAAAUAAAAGCCUUUAAACAUAGGUUUUCACUCGAUGCCACUACAGUACAUAGAUGAAAACCAAAACAUUGUCAGAAUGACCUGAGCUCUGAUCUGUUGUAGUGUCUGAUGUUGUACUUAGUAAAUGUAUGCAUCAUAAAACCUGUAGCCUAAUAGCUAUCACUGGAAGAUGUCCAAAUAAAAAUACGACUGUAA